AUGGGCUCCACGGCAACCGAUAUGGCCGCCUCCGCCGACGAGGAAACGUGCAUGUUCGCCCUCCAGCUCGGCUCAUCAUCAAUCCUCCCGAUGACGCUCAAGAACGCCAUCGAGCUGGGCCUCUUGGACACCCUGGUGGCCGCUGACGGCAAGCUGCUGAGCCCCGCCGAGUUGGCCGCCAAGCUCCCGUCCACAGCGAACCCGGCCGCGCCGGACAUGGUGGACCGCAUGCUGCGGCUGCUGGCCUCGUACAAGGUGGUGUCGUGCACCCUGGAGGAGGACAAGGACGGCCGCCUCUCCCGGCGGUACGGCGCCGCGCCUGUGUGCAAGUUCCUUACCCCCAACGAGGAGGGUGUCUCCAUGGCGCCGCUCGCGCUCAUGAAUCAGGACAAGGUCCUCAUGGAGAGCUGGUACUAUCUGAAGGACACUGUACUUGACGGCGGCAUCCCAUUCAACAAGGCGCACGGGAUGUCGGCAUUCGAGUACCAUGGCACGGACCUGCGCUUCAACCGCGUCUUCAAUGAAGGAAUGAAGAACCAUUCCAUCAUCAUCACCAAGAAGCUCCUUGAAUUGUACAAGGGCUUCAAUGGCCUCGACACCCUCGUGGACGUGGGCGGCGGCAUAGGCGCCACCGUCGGCGCCAUCACCGCCCACUAUCCCACCGUAAAAGGCAUCAACUUUGACCUUCCCCACGUCAUCUCUGAGGCUCCACCGUUCUCAGGUGUCACCCACGUUGGCGGCGACAUGUUCCAAAAGAUUCCCUCGGGGGACACCAUCCUCAUGAAGUGGAUCCUGCACGACUGGAGCGAUGAGCACUGUGCAACACUGCUUAAGAACUGCUAUGACGCGCUGCCGGCGCAUGGCAAGGUGGUGCUCGUGGAGUGCAUCCUGCCGGUGAACCCGGAAGCCACGCCUGAGGCGCAAGGGGGGUUCCAUCUCGACAUGAUCAUGCUAGCGCACAACCCAGGUGGCAGGGAGAGGUACGAGAGGGAGUUCGAAGCCCUGGCCAAGGGUGCCGGGUUCGGAGCCAUCAAGACCACUUACAUCUACGCCAACAUAUGGGUCAUCGAGUUCACUAAGUAG